AAGGCUGAGGUAAAGGACAGCCAAUCCAUAUUUCUAUCUCACACUCUCUCUGUAGUCAUUUCUUUGUCUCUACUGGGUUUGUUUUUCUCAGAAGUAUCUUGGCUUCUCUUUCUCACUGUAGUUUUCUUUGUCUCUACUGGGUUUGUUUUUCUCAGAAGUAUCUUGGCUUCUCUUUCUCUCUGUAGUUUUCUUUGUCUCUACUGGGUUUGUUUUUCUCAGAAGUAUCUUGGCUUCUCUUUCUCUCUGUAGUUUUCUUUGUCUCUACUGGGUUUGUUUUUCUCAGAAGUAUCUUGGCUUCUCUUUCUCUCUGUAGUUUUCUUCAUCUAUACUGGGUUUGUUUUUCUCAGAAGUAUCUUGGCUUUCCCCCUCUCUCGUUCUCUCUGUAUGUGGCAUGUGUAUUUUCUUCUUCUCUCUCCUAGUUGAUAUCCCUAAACUGAACGAGACCUUGAAAUGGAUGUACAUUGUUAUUACAUUGUUAUGUGUGUAUGUUUACGGCUUAAAGACAGUUUCUGCUCUGUGACAAGCUCAUACACUCUCUUUAACCUCUACGGACCCCCCCCCCCCCGCGCGCGGGACGGUUGAGCUAACGUGCUCUAAUGUGAUUAGCAUGAGGACCUUUCCAGGACAUAGACAUGUCAUAGACAUCAUUUCAGAAAGCUUAAAUCAUUGUUAAUCUAACUGCACUCUCCAAUUUACAGUAGCUAUUACAGUGAAAGAAUACCAUGCUAUUGUUUGAGUCCACAAGAACAGGAAACUUCUAAGCACGGCAACUGGUUUAAUACAUUAAUCUCUGAAGUUGUCUUCCCUCCACAGAUCAAGCCCUAUCUGACUGAUAGCCAUGUCCUCCUCCUCUCUUCUGUGGUGCCUGCUGGUGGUGUGUGUUCUGGCUGUGGCCCAGAUCUAUGCAGCAGAGGAACGUAAGGUCCUCAAGGUGUUCAACCUCAGAGCCAGCGACCUGAACAGCGGCUUGUUCCAGACCCCUGAUGCCUACGUCAAGGUGUUUAUGGGCUCCGGCUACGGCGGGAAGACAGAGGUAAAGAACAACAACCAUGACCCCUGGUGGAAGGAGGACUUCAACUUCUUCAACGCCAUUGAGAACGACCCCAUGAGGCUGGAGGUGUACGACUCCGACCUGCUCUUCGACGACCUGCUGGGGACCUGCGAGCGCUCCAUCAAGAUUGGAACUUGGCAACAUCAAUGUUUCCUGAAGAAGGGAGGGAGCCUGUACUACUCCUACACCCUAGAGCCCCUACAGUAGACACUGUACUACUCCUAUACCCUAGAGCCCCUACAGUAAACCCUGUACUACUCCUAUACUCAAGAGCCCCUACAGUAGACCCUGUACUACUCCUACACCCUAGAGCCCCUACAGUAGACCCUGUACUACUCCUAUACCCAAGAGCCCCUACAGUAGACCCUGUACUACUCCUACACCCUAGAGUCCCUACAGUAGACCCUGUACUACUCCUACACCUUAGAGCCUCUUCAGUAGACCCUGUACUACUCUUACACCCUCUUUAGUAAACCCUGUACUACUCCUACACCCUAGAGCCUCUACAGUUGACUCCAUACUACUCCUACAUUCUAGAGCCUCUACAGUAAACCCUGUACUACUCCUACACCCUAGACCAUAGAGCCCAGUAGACCGUGUACUACCCCUACACCCUAAAAGCCUACAGUACACCCUAGAGCUCAUUAGACCCCUUCCACAUAGUUAAAACAAAAUGUACUACUGAUAGUCCUAUAUCCAGUAGAGGCCUCUUGUUAUCUACAGCAACAUCUGGUCACAUGGUCUCUCUCCUCUUAUCUAUAUUUACAACAACGUCCCAUUUCGGACCCCUCAUCUGUCACAUGGAUUUUUAAUUCUCCUCAAACUGAGCUGAAAAACCGUCCUCCCCCUGACCUCAUCCUCAGGCUCAUCAUAAGAGAAUAGAUUCUAGAACAUUGAGCAGUACAAAACUCCACCUCCACCCUACAGUUAGUGUAUUGUAAUUAAUGUCUACACUGAUGUCUCUCUCUCAGUCUCCCACUUUGUGUAUUUAACUGAUUUGGGUAUAAAUCGGAUCUCAGGGGGAUCAGGGACCAUGCAUGACAAACAGUGCACCAGAUUUAAGACUGUCCAUGCACCAGAUUUAAGACUGUCCAUGCACCAGAUUUAAGACUGUCCAUGCACCAGAUUUAAGACUGUCCAUGCACCAGAUUUAAGACUGUCCAUGCACCAGAUUUAAGACUGUCCAUGCACCAGAUUUAAGACUGUCCAUGCACCAGAUUUAAGACUGUCCAUGCACCAGAUUUAAGACUGUCCAUGCACCAGAUGUAAGACUGUCCAUGCACCAGAUUUAAGACUGUCCAUGCACCAGAUUUAAGACUGUCCAUGCACCAGAUUUAAGACUGUCCAUGCACCAGAUUUAAGACUGUCCAUGCACCAGAUGUAAGACUGUCCAUGCAUUGAUUGUACUGUUAUGCUCCUUCUAGCUCUGUGUCUGAUUGGCUCUGUCCAACUGUCACUUCCGUGCUCACUCUACCAUGGCAUCAAUUAAUAAAAAGUAGAUUCACUGCACAUGG